CUCUCGCCGCCGCCACCGCCGCCUGCCCGGGCCCGGGGCGGGGAGCGGAGGGGCCCCGGGGGCGCGCCCCGCCCCGCUCCCGCCCCGCCGCCCCCGCGCUGCCGCCUCGCAGGGCGGCGGGUGCCGCGGGAGGCUGCUCGGUGCCGCCGCCGCCCGGGAGGGAGGUUAUGUAAGGGGGGAGGGAGGCGGCGGGAGGAGGAGCAGGACGCCUCGCCGCCGCGCAGCCGGGCAGCCGCAGCCAGCCGGGGCCGGUACCGGGGCGGCCGCAUGUGCGAAGUGGGGACGCGGCCGCCGCUGGCCGCCGAGCGCGGGGAGCCGCCCGGGGGUGCCACCGCCGCCGAAAGGUGCCGAGACAUGGGAGAACAGCCCAUCUUCACCACCAGAGCCCAUGUCUUCCAAAUUGAUCCCAGCACGAAGAAGAACUGGGUUCCCGCAAGCAAGCAGGCUGUAACUGUUUCCUACUUCUAUGACAGCACGAGAAACAGCUAUCGGAUUAUCAGUGUGGAUGGAGCCAAGGUGAUCAUAAACAGCACAAUCACACCUAACAUGACCUUCACCAAAACAUCGCAGAAGUUCGGCCAGUGGGCGGACAGCAGAGCAAACACUGUGUUUGGUUUGGGCUUUCCAUCCGAGCAGCAGCUGACGAAGUUUGCAGAGAAAUUCCAAGAAGUAAAAGAAGCUGCCAAACUAGCAAGAGACAGAUCUCAAGAGAAAAUUGAGACAUCAAGCAAUCAUUCCCAGGAAUCUGGACGUGAAACACCAUCUUCCACUCGAGCAUCUAGUGUGAACGGGACAGACGAUGAGAAGGCGUCGCAUGGUGGUCCUGCUGAGGCACAUCUCAAGUCUGAGAAUGAUAAAUUAAAAAUUGCUCUAGCCCAAAGUUCAUCCAAUGUGAAGAAGUGGGAGACGGAGCUGCAGACGCUGCGGGAGAGCAACGCCAGGCUGACCACGGCGCUGCAGGAGUCCGCAGCCAGCAUCGAGCACUGGAAGAAGCAGUUCUCAGCCUGCAAGGAGGAAAACGACCAGCUCAGGAGCAAGAUUGAAGAACUGGAGGAACAGUGCAAUGAAAUAAAUAAAGAGAAGGAAAGAAAUGCGCAGCUGAGUAGACGUCUCCAGGAACUGGAAACAGAGCUUCAGGACAAAGAGCUGGAACUGGAAGAGCUGAGAAAGCAGGGUGAAAUUAUACCACAGCUAAUGUCAGAAUGUGAAUCUGUAUCUCAGCAAUUACAGGCUGCUGAGAAAAGGAACAAAGAUCUUGAAGAGAAAGUCAGAACGCUAAGGACAGAAGUUGAAGAGAGCAAACAUAGGCAGACCAACCUUAAAACUGAAUUAAAGAAUUUUUUAGAUGUACUAGAUGGGAAGAUAGAUGAAUUACAUGAUUUCCGACAAGGACUGUCUAAACUUGGGGUUGACAACUAGAUGGCAAUAGUUUUUUUUUUUUUUGUAAUCUAGGGUCUGGAUGUUUGAUGUUUUGUUGAUCCCAAAUGUGUGUUUUACAAAAUAUAACUAGAAUGUUCCACUUGUUUGCAUCGUUUUUGUACAUAGAGGCUGAAAAUUUGCUGUGGGGGGGGUUCGGUUUUGGGGUUUUUUUUGUUUGUUUAUUUUCCAAACCAAUCAUGCUGCUCACUGAAUUCUGUUGAGAUUAGAAAUUUUCUAUAUUGCUGCUCUGGCUUCGUGGGGUUGGGAACAGGUAGAGCGUUCUGUCUCAGGAAUCUGGAACUAGAUCUACCUUAAAAUGAAUAUGCAGUUAGUUGUUGCAGGGAAAUUUAUAUCUUUCUUAAGGGCUGUUGCAACCAUAGAAACAGAAAACAAGUCUUUUUCUUGUCUGGACUAUCAGCACUCCUAGCAACAUCCACUUUUAUUCCUUGGUGGAGCAGAGAGAAGAUUAGCUGGAGCUCCUGCAGUUUGUAAAAAUGUGCCUGUGAUGAGCUGCAGUCAAGUGAAUCGCUUCACACAGAUACCAGUAUCUUUAGGGACCACGUCGAUCAGGCCUGGUUUGCCGAAAAAACACCCCAGUGGAUUUCAGAUAACCUCCCAUACAGCUUGCCUGGACCCAUACGGCACAAAGUCAAAGAUAUAGAAAUGAAUUUCAGUCAUACAUCUUACCGGGGAGGUGAGGACAGCUUCUCUUGCUUAGCAGGAUCAUCUCUCUCUGGCCUUCAAUUUUGAACCCAUGUAGUUCCAUCAUUAUGUGCAUCUCUGAAAAAUGACCACCUGAGUCCCGGGACCAGGUAUUUAUUUUAAAAAGCAAUAUGUUGCUGGUUUGUACACAGGGCACAUGCACUGCUGCGCAACUUGGUGGCUGUUGAUUAACUUCUGCAGUGGUGAAGAAAGGGAUGUCAAUCUGAAAAGCAAUAUAAGGUUACUUGAAGGCGUUGCUCAGAAGCAAGGUUCUGCCCAGGAGACUGGCAGGGUCCUGACCACAUGAAAUCAAAAUCCUUUCCUAUGAUUUCUGCAUUCUCACCUCGUGUGUCUUGGCAGGAGGGUGGACAUUAGUCACCAAGUUAGCCUGUCCAAAAAAACCCCAACCCAAACGGCAGAAAUGCUGUUGUAUUCUCAAACUGAUUAUUCAGCAGCUCUAAAUAUGUUUUGAGAAAUGCAAGGUCGUACGCUGGGCUCCAACGGGAAGGAAGUUCACUUUAUCACAGACAGGGAUGUAAAAAGGGCCGGAGAGGAGGAUUCAGCCCAAGUUUUGCUCUUGCCCCUAGGACUGCCUUCAGCUUCUCUCUCUUCUCUCUCCAUAACCUGGUUUGAAAGUGCAUUUACAGGGGGUCUGCAUAAAUUCAGAAAAGAACUUUUGUUUAUGUGACAUUAUUAUUAGUUGCUUAAUUCAGACAAAGCUUGGUUAAGAGCUGCAUUAGUGCAUUCCAGCGGUGACUAAUAUAAACUGGCCACACUUUUUUUUUUUUAUUUACGGGGUUUUUUCUUUUCUCGGCAUGUCUCUAUUAAAAAAGUGACCUUUAAAAGAAAGGUGGUUUAUAAAUGAAACACGCAUUUGUUACUUUUUGCACAUGGAUAUGUAAUUUCCAUGCUGGAGAUAGGAUCUGUCUGCAAUUGUCCCCUGAAUUUUCAUUUCAUCUGUUAUUGUUGCGUUACCUUCAUUGCCUGUUUUUUAGACUGGACAUUGUGUAUUUUUGGUUUUACUCCUUUUAAACAACAGAUGUGAAGCUGGGACCUUUCAUAACCGUUACGACCAUUUAAGUCUCUUUAAAAAAAUGCUGUAGGCUGUUGAUAUUUAAAAAUAAAAAUAAAAAUAAAAAUCAGGUACAUAGCAUGUAGGCGUGUGAAAAUUAGACUUUGCCAGCGUGGAAGAUGCAACAAUUGCAUAAUGUGGGGUUAGAUCAGACUUCUCAAAAUUGAAAAUGACGUCAGAAACUGUGUGUGGUUGUGCACAAGUGAUCUCCAUUUUUAGUCUUUUUAUUUGAUAGCAAAUCAGAUAGACACCAUCAUUUAACAGGCAGCUUGUCCUGCUUCUCCUCUCCUCCCAUGCUGCUUUAGAGUUCCCAAACUGCAGCCAGUCCUUGCGUCAGCUGGGAACCAGGAGAUAACACAACUAAGAGCCGCAAGCAAUACAGGUAGUCGGUGCCCUCCGCGUCACGGUGUUUUGUUGCUUUUGCAUCCAGGACCUUGCUCCAUCUUCUGGUUCCUUUUUCCUGUUGAGCAGUCUUAGGGCUUCCUUCUUGGUUUUAACCUAAAAUCUGAUUUUUAACAUGAUUCUGGGUAGAGGGAUACAACAAAUGAUUUUAUUGGGGUUAAUCCAGUUCUUUUUUUCCACCUUAGUCAAGUCUAGCUCAGAUCCAGUUCAUUAGGAAUGUAUUAAGCCACUCUUAAACUGCAGAGAAAGUGUUUCUAUGGGAUUGCAUCAAUUUAACAGAUGGAGUUUAAUACUGGCGCAUUAAACUGGUGCAUAGCUCUGACACGGGUGGUUAUUUCUGUAUCCUUCGUGCUCACCAGAGGAAUGAUGGGGUGUCCUUAGAGGAAUCGCUACUCUGGCUCUUCUAGUCGUGCCCCAAAUGUAUAUUUUCCUUAUCUGCUGUAGCUCUAAUGUCGUUAGGGGUGCCUGUACAUGGCUAUACACUGUGGGAAACUCCCUCCAUCAAGCAUCCAAGGUCUUGCUAUAAUUACCCCCUUUCUCUCUUUUUCCUUCCCAAUAGCUUGAAGUUGAGAGCUUCUAUGUAUAAUUACUUGCAAACCUCUCCCCACACUCGCUCUCUUUUAAUGUUUCCCUCUCUUUCAUUUCAUUUUUCCUCUUCAAAAGCCAAAAGCACGUGAGGAAGAGGCGGCACAUGCUCUCAGGAGUGUUUGGAUGUCAGCCACAGCUCCCCUCUCCGGCCUGGCCCCGUCCCUGCCCCAGGACCGGAGCCCCGUGCGCCCGCUGAGCGGGGACCAGUGGUGUCACACACUGCUUAUUCCUUGACGCUCUGUGGUGGCCCAGCAAUAACCCCUGUGUGCCAAACCGUGAGCCCCACACUGCUCCUCAGGGACCAGUCCUGGCAUCAAAACGCCUGCUCCCUCCUGGCGGGAGCACGGGGACGGUGAGCCUUCCCCUGCCAAAAUGCCCACACCGUCCUACGCAGGCAUUUGUUCCUCCUUUUGUGCACGUUGGGGAUUCAGCCCGUGCCAGGAGCUGCGCUCAGCCGCAGCCAAGAAAUCCUCAUCCCUGUCCAAGAGAGGGUCCGCAGAGCUUGGGUUUGUUUGUUAUUAAAACGCAGCGCUGGGCAAACCCUAGUUUCCCCGUGCCAUUGGCAAUGAAGUAGGUCGUCGCUCCGUUUCCACGGAGCCCGCGUGGAGGUGUCUUUAUACAACGUUAUACCUCACCUUGGACAACUGUGGGUUUGCUUUCCGCACACAAGUUUCUCCCUCAAAGUGUUUGAUGGCAGGAUCUAUCCUACCUCAGCUACACAGUCUUUGGUCAAUAAAGGUCUCGCGCUGGCACUUCCCGUGCCGAUGCCUGCCAGCUGCACCGCCGCGGGUCCCACCACGCUGCCCGUCCUGCCUGUCCGCCCCGGCUGGCGUCGACGAGCUGGUGGCUCUGGGAAGAAAAGUCUGUGGUGGCCUCUUGUGACACGGGGUUAGCGAGUGUCUUACUGCCUUCUGGGCUUGGAGCUGAUGUCAGAGCUGCUGAAUAAUGGGUUUGGGUUUUUUUUCUUGGUUCAGUGGCCAAAAUGAGAAAGAAACAGGUCUACUUUGUAUUAGCACAAAACCUAAAAAUAUUCAGCGAUAGAAAAAUAUAUGGAGAUAAUUGUUUUCAAGGGGAAAGAGUGUUUAAUUAGAAAAGUUGUUUCACAUUUUGGAAAAUGACCUUAGCCUCAUCUUUGGAAUAAAGUAUUUCAAAAUGAAAAACUGCAACGUUGUUUUGCACCCCAAAAUAAAACAGAUUAGCCUUUUGCUUUUUUCCCUAUUUGGCUGAUUCUUUAUCUGCUGAUUUUGACUCAAAUUCACAUCUAGUAGUUUUGUUUAGCCUAAAAGUGCACUUUCAGCUAAAUUAGUACUUUCCAGUGUUUUUCUGUCUAUGUCUCUUUGGUGUCUCCUUUACUAAGUGAGCUCACUGGAAGAAAACUGUCUUUUCUGUAAGAAAUUCCGUGCCACUUCUCACUCUCUACAGCCUAGUGCUCAAAAGAUGCUCUUUUUAAAACUAGUUUUACACUGGGUGCAUCUGUGCCCAGAAAACAAAUGUUAUUUAGAUGAUGCCUUUUUUGUAGAUAAACACCUGGUUUUUAUUUUGCUGUGAGCGAUUUAUGGUGAACAUUUUUGAAAGCUGCUCAACGAAUUAAGGGGAGCGGGAGGGGUGUCUGCGGUUCCUCCUGCUGUCCCUGCCACUGCUGUUGCUUUCAACGAGCAUCAGCAAACGCAUUCAUGGUGUUAAGGCGGGUGCUCGUCCUGCGCUCGGCGGGCACGAGGACCCCCCGUCCCCCUCUCAGCAGGGCACAAAUUGUCCAUAGGCUUCCGCACUCUUCUGUUGCACUGUUUUCUCCCCAAGCGUUCAUUUUCUCCCUUAUUAAUUUCUUCCCACCUUUGGCUGCUUCAUGACUGAUGGAAGGAAAAUUCCCUGUUAAUGCCACCGCCUCGUAGCGGUGGGGGUUUCUCAGCCACAAGACCAUGCUCUUUGUUAGGUGCUUCUGAGUAGUUAUCUCUGCAAAACCCUUCAAAGCAUCAGUGACUUGUAAGGAAUAUAGCGCGCUCUUCCUGAGCCUAUGGAUUAGCAAAGAUAAAACCGCUAUCAGGGUGAAACGCCCCGCUCGGCUUAGUGUGUGACUGAUGCUGAAUCCCGAGGGAAGGGCUGGAAGGGGGACUCGGACAGCAGCAGCAGCUAAUUUUGACAAUCGUUUCAGCAGAAGCUUCAGUGAAAGACGUGCUCUGCCCACAAGCUGUGGAUGUGCCGAAGGUAUAGGAUGGCCGCGCUGAACUGUCAGCUCAUCCGCCUUCGUCCGGGCAGUUCUGGGCUCAUCAAGCCUGUAAAUAUCAAAAAAGUCCUCAGCAUAUCACAGAGGCGGCAGUGUGAGGGGUGAAAGGCAAAUAUCCACGCACACAGCUGAGCAGCGCUGGUUUACGGUCAGACAUUUUCAGUCAAAAAUAGGAAAAGCUGCUGCUGUCCUACGCGGGCUCAGCAGCACCAGGGACCUUGCAGAAGGGCAGGGUCAGCUUUCGGGGACUCCCAGGCUGGGCAGGCAGGGUCUGGUGGUGGGCACGAUUUAGCAACUGUGGGGCACAGAGCUACACUAAAGUAAUCUUUCUUUCCAUGGAUCGUGUUCAACAAGCACCUGUGUGUCAAGCAAAGCAAUACGUAGCCACAAGACGUUUAAUCCAGACACCUCCAGAUGGAGAGCCCCAGCUGGCCGACACAGCCUGGCCGGGGGUGCCCUGCCUGGAGUCCUGCACCCCCAGCAGCUCGGCAGUGCUUUAGGCUCAUUUUUAGAAUAUAAACUUGACGGUUACCUGAAGCUUCCAUGUCUUAAAUACUGUUCUGUGCGGUAAACCAGAAUGUACCUGAAGUGAAAGACAGGGUUAGGAGGGGAAUGAUAAACGUGGCGAAGGUGCUUCCGAGCGAAGGCUCUCCUGCAGGCUGCGGGCAGAGCCGGUCCUGGCCAGGAGAGCUUUGCUUGCAUCCCUGGGGGAUGGUGGAUGUCUAACCAGUUUGACUUUCUACUGUGUUUUGUCUUAGCUCUUCUUUUUUUUCCUUUUUUUUUUUUUUAAAAAAAAAACAGCCUAAACAUAGAGUCUUCGGAUGAAGGUGCCUAUACAUCCAAAAAUUUUAUAUGCACAUUUUGAAAUAGAUUUCUUUUUCCUUUCUGGUCAUUUAGUUACCUAAUAAUAAUGACACAUACAAGAAAGGCACUUGAGAAAAAUCUGUCUGCUGUUGUAUUUUUGUUUGGGUUUGGUUUUGGGUUGUUUGGGUUUUUUUAACACUGGUCAGCAAUAAUUAUUUUAGCCAUAUACUAGCUAAAAGGACUGAUAAUGUAAGCUUUGUGAACUAAGCUUCUAAGUUUGCAGUACGUUGAUUAACUUGGGCAUGUGAAAAGGGAGCUAUGCUCAAUAAAAGAGUAUUUUGCAGCAUUUAGAUGUUUUCAUUUAAUUGCCUAAUAGUGAUCAUGACCAUACUAUUCUAUAAAACCCAUCAUGAAUGACAAACAAAGCACAUAGGUUUUAACAUGAAUAUAUCCCUUGUAGUUGAAAGUUCUGAGAGUGUUUUAUUGUGGUCUGCUAUACCAAAAUAUUUAGACUAUUAUGAGAUUUUAGUACUAAAGAUAAACAUACACCCUGUUUUUACUGUUUCAAGUAAAGUUUAGUGAAUGACUGACAAUUUGUUGAUAUACAACUGUGGGAAAACACUGCAGUGCUCUAAAUGUAUACUUUUAUUUGGGUUUAUUAUAUUUACUAUAUGGUUUAAUGAAAACUGAAGUGUUUACUACAGUUGGAUCAUUGUAAAAACAUCUCUUACCUCGUCAUUUUUGUCUGCUGUGAAAAAGUACUUUCCUCUUCUUUUUCUUUUCUUUUCUUUUGUUUUUUUUUUUUUUUUUCAAAUAGACCAUAGACAGUCAGUGUUAACAUUUAGACUCCUAGUAGCAGUAAAUGCUGGGUUUUAUAUAUAUAAAAGGAAAACUUGAUUUUUUUCUUUAUCAACUUAUUAUAUAACUUUGUGAUUUUUAUCUGAUUUUAUUGUAACAUAAAGUUGUUUUAUGUAAAAAUAUAUAGUUUAAGUAAAA